AUGGACACAGAACAGGAGUCUGAAUGGAAUGCAACACAUAGUAUCUUUAUCAGUGAAGAUCUUUUGACUGUGCUAAGCUUUAGCUGCAAUUUCUUGCAGUUGUACAAUGCAUGUUGGCUUCCAUUUCUUGCUAAACAUUCAGAGUCUAAAAUCACUGAUGGACCUUUAGUUGUUCCUCUUGAUUGUGAAUGGAUUUGGCAUUGUCACGGACUUAAUCUGGUUGGAUACAAAUCAGAUUAUGAAAAAUUCUACGGAAGUAUUCUUGACAACUCUAAUGUUGUCUCUUCUAUUAAUCAAAGAACAUCAAGAAAGGAAACAGAAGAAACAUGGAACAAAUUAUACCCUAAUGAACCCUAUGAGUAUGACAUGUCACGUGCUUCCUCAAGUGAAUUUUCAGAAACUUUAUAUAAUGAAGGAACUCAAAGCUUUUCCAAAUAUGAUUUUGUUUUAGCUGUUGAAAGACAAAGCCCAUUCUUUUACCAGGUGUCAAGGCCUCAUUUCAAGAAAGAUUUAUUCCUUCAAGAUACACUUAUAAUGUAUGUGUGA